GGAGGAGGAAGGGAGAGUCGGCUCAGCCCAGGCCUCCAGCCCAUGCGGGAGAGCCCCCCGGGGGCGGGCCGGGGCGGGAUGCGGCUCCCCGGCCGGCUGGGCGCGCUCCGCAGCACGCCCCUGCUGGCCCGGCCACCGGGGAGGGCCCGGGCACGGCCGGCAGCGGGCAGGCGAACCUUGGCCCGCGGGCGGCUGGGCGGAACCAUGGCAGAGGAGGCCAAGAGGCUGGCCGCCUGCGCGGCGGUGGACAAGCACGUCCAGAACAAUCAAGUCCUUGGGAUUGGAAGUGGUUCUACAAUUGUCCAUGCGGUGCAUCGAUUAGCUGAGCGUGUUAAACAGGAGAACCUGACAAUUGUCUGCAUCCCUACGUCUUUUCAGGCCCGUCAGCUGAUCCUGCAGAACGGCUUAACGCUAAGUGACUUGGACCGACACCCAGAGCUUGACGUGGCCAUCGAUGGAGCAGAUGAAGUGGACUCUGACCUCAACCUUAUCAAAGGUGGCGGUGGUUGCUUGACACAGGAGAAGAUUGUUGCAGGAUAUGCAAAAUGCUUCAUUGUUAUUGCUGAUUACAGGAAAAAAUCCAAGAGCCUUGGGGAGCAGUGGAAGAAGGGAAUUCCUAUCGAAGUCAUCCCCAUGGCUUAUGUCCCUGUCACCAGAGCCCUGACCAAAAACUUUGGGGGUGCUGUGGAGCUGCGGAUGGCUGUCAGCAAAGCGGGCCCCGUGGUGACAGACAAUGGGAACUUCAUCCUGGACUGGAAGUUUGACAAGGUUCAUGAAUGGAGUGAAGUGAACACUGCUAUAAAAAUGAUACCAGGUGUGGUGGAGACGGGGCUCUUCAUCAACAUGGCAGAGGUGGUUUACUUUGGCAUGGAGGACGGCUCGGUCAGCGUGAGGGAGAAGCAGCCUCACUGAUGCCAGCACAGGGCCUGCCCUGCUUUGCCUUGGGCCACUUUGGUUCAGCUCUUGCAAUGGUGCCAACCCAACGUUUUGCCUUAACCAGCAGCGGUUGUCACAGGAGAAGGAUGGGAAGUUGAUCAGAAUCCGCUGAUGGGAUGCUGAAUGUCUUUUUUUUAAAAAAAACAAACAAUCAAACCACAAAAAAAAUUAUAUUCUAUUUCUAUAUAUAUAUUUUUACUUUACAGGAAUGUUGUCUUUUUCUUUUUUAAAAAGAAUCAUUUAAAUGAAUUGCUUUAAUGUUUUUAUUUUGUUUUCUAAGAAAUACUUACCAAAAAGAAUACUGCUUAGUUUUGUGUUUUGUUUUUUUUCUCUUUUUAUUUUUUUUUUCUUGUUUUAAACAGAACUUGAACUCUUCUGGUUGCUCCUUAGUGAAUGAGAUCAGAAACACAAUCCUAAUGCAUCAUUCCUGGCUGGGAGGGUGCUGUAUGUAAUGGGAGUGCAUCCAGUCGGAACCUACUGAUGCCUUAUUUGGAACCUUUUUGGUUCAGUAUUUUAUGCCUUUUAUUUUUCUAUACCACUGGUUUUUAAUAGUUCAGGAUGUCUAGUUGUCCUCUGUGCACAUGACAAUUUUCUGAGCCUUUGGUUGUCUCUACAUGUCUGUCUGGGACAUCAAGAAGAGCCUUUGCUGAGCCUCUGUAUGGAGGAGUCGUUCAUUCUUUGAGCCAAAAUCUGCUCUCAAUUAGUUCAGUACCUCUUAAAAUAUUCCUGUAGCUGGAGGUGUGGGGGACUUUGUAAAGCAAGAGCAGAACUGGGUCCUUGAUGAAGUUUACAAAAGCACAUUUUAGCAGCUUUAGGGCAGUGUGGAAUACUGUUCAGUGGCAAAUUGUUUGAUUUGGAAUGAAGUUUAAUUAUCACCCUUGCAGCUGGUUGAUUUGUGGGAGGAUAGAGCAGAAUGCACAGGAACACUGAGUCUUCCUGCCUAAAUUUUCCACAUGUAGCAGGAGAGAGACACUCCUUCAGUAUCUUGGUGUAUAGGUGCUUUGCAUGGUUCUGAUGUUGAAAUGCAAGCCCUCUGUGUUGUAGAUACUGAAAUAAAGAGCUGUUAUACCAGA